AUGGCGCGUCGCGACAAAAAGCACCGCGGCAGCAGUGACAGCCAAUAUAGUCUAAAGUUGCAAAGCGUGCAAACUUCGCUGAGGAGAACUCCGACUCUCAUUUUCGCCAUUCAUUACCAACCUUGGAUUGUGUUCCACAAAAUCCAUCGCCAUCAUGAAGAAGUCAUCAAACAGAUGUCCAAUAAGCGCGAACUGCAGCCAGAAACUUCUAGCGGAAAGCCAUGUGCCAAAAAAUGUCUCUCUGAAAAGGGAGCCCACGAAUUUAAGGAGCCGCCAGCUGGAACGGUUCCCGUGACGAUCACCAUCACCGGAACGAACAGCGAUCCCGCGUUGUCUGCGAGUCCCCCCUGUGGCGGCAGUCCGCCCCCGCCCACCAGCGACGAAGACAUUGCUCAGCUUCCGCAGGGAGCGAGUGAAGGCCCGCCUGAAGAAACUCAACCCGGAAGCAACAACAACCUCAAUAACAAGAGCUGUUGCUUCUGUUGGUGUUGCUGUUGCUCUUGCUCAUGUAAUAACGGGAACAUGCGUACCGAUCAUCAUUCGAACAGCGAAUCUCAUCAACAACUGUCCGGAUCUGACAUAUGGGGAGACCACACGCCACCGUCGUUGGGAGAAAUCAUGGAGUGGAGUGAAUCUUUCGACAAACUCAUGAAGCAUCCAGCUGGUCGCAAAGUCUUCAGGGAUUUCCUGCGAUGCGAAUACAGUGAAGAAAAUAUUCUUUUUUGGACGGCCUGCGAAGAACUCAAGAAAGAGAGCGAAACUCCUGUGAUAGAAGAGAAGGCCCGACUGAUCUACGAGGAUUACAUCUCGAUCUUGUCACCCAAAGAAGUGUCCCUCGAUUCACGCGUCCGGGAUCAGAUAAACAAGAAUAUGGUUAGCGGACCUUCGGCAGAGACGUUUGCAGAAGCGCAGCUGCAAAUCUACACUCUCAUGCACCGAGAUUCCUACCCGCGCUUCGUGAACAGCGACGCCUACCGGAAAAUUGCCCAACUUAGUCCUCAGACCCCUUCGCGCAAAGGGAGCUCUGCCUAG